CGCACUUUCUGAACGGACGCUUUCUGAACGCCCCUGCUCACAAAUAGGCAUGCGUGUUUCUCAUUCAUCACAGCGUUUCCGCUUCCUUUAUGUCUCCCGUUCUUUUUGAGAGAUUGAAACCCACUCACUGUUUGUUGGUAGCUACAUCAUGGGAGCCUACUUGUCGCAACCAAACACAGUGAAGUCCUCUUCCAAUGGUGGAAACCAAAAGAUGAGCUUCGGCUUUGCAGCCAUGCAGGGCUGGCGUGUCUCUAUGGAGGAUGCUCACAACUGCAUUUUAGAACUGGAUGAUGAAACAGCCAUGUUUUCUGUGUAUGAUGGACAUGGAGGUGAGGAAGUUGCAUUGUACUGUUCCAAGUACCUACCUGAUACCAUUAAAGAACAAAAGGCUUACAAAGAUGGCAAACUGCAAAAGGCUUUGGAGGAUGCAUUUCUGGCAAUUGAUAGCAGGGUGACCACAGAGGAAGUGAUCAAAGAGCUUGUUCAGAUCGCUGGCCGCCCACAAGAGGAAGCACCAAAUGAAAAAGUUGCUGAAGAAGAUGAUUUGGACAAUGAGGAGGCUGAACUUUUGCAUGAGGAGGCCACCUUGACCAUUGAAGAGCUGCUCGUUCGCUACGGACAGAACCGCAAUGCACUCAAACACAAGAAGCUCUGUCCGGAGGGCAACAAAGAGUCUGGGGAAGGUGAACCACAUUCCUAUGGGGAGAAGGGCAUCAAUGGAGAAGUGGAGGGUGAGAUGGACAGCAAUGGGAAGGCCAAGGCUGGUGGUGGUGCAGGAUUCUCCAAGCUGCGGGCCUGCAGGAGAGCAGGAGCGGACAGCUCUUCAGCGACAGGAGCAGCAGGGUCCUGUGAAGGAGAGAAGGACACCGGGCCUUCUUGCUCUUCGUCAGCGGCCCCGGCUCCGGGAGAUACCAGCUCCAAGUUCUUUGAGGACAGUGACGAGUCGGGGGAAGAGGAAGAUGGGGGAAGUGAAGAGGAGGAUGGCAGUGAGGAAGGUGAAAGCAGUGAUGAUGAAGAGGAAGACACUGAAGAGGGAGAGGAUGAGGAGGAAGAGAUGUGCUACCCCGGAAUGGAUGGAAAAGAAGAGCCUGGCUCAGACAGUGGCACUACAGCAGUGGUGGCUCUGAUCAGAGGGAAACAGCUGAUUGUAGCAAACGCCGGGGACUCCCGCUGUGUGGUGUCUGAGAAGGGCAAGGCCAUAGACAUGUCCUACGACCACAAGCCAGAGGAUGAGCUGGAGCUGGCCAGGAUAAAGAAUGCUGGGGGAAAGGUCACCAUGGACGGCCGCGUCAACGGAGGACUCAACCUCUCCAGGGCCAUCGGCGAUCACUUUUACAAACGAAACAAGGCCCUUGGCCCAGAGGAGCAGAUGAUCUCCUCAAUGCCUGACGUCAAAGUGCUCACCCUCAACCCGGAGCAUGACUUCAUGGUCAUUGCAUGCGACGGAAUCUGGAACGUCAUGAGCAGUCAGGAUGUUGUGGACUUUGUCAGUCAGAAAAUAAAGCCUGAUGCCAGUGGCGUUGCCAGGCCUCUGUCCUCCAUAGUUGAAGAGCUACUUGACCAUUGCCUUGCACCUGAUACGUCUGGAGAUGGUACAGGCUGUGACAACAUGACCUGCAUCAUAAUCACGUUCGGCGCUCAUCCUGGCAACAGCAUGGCCGACAUCACCAAUAAGAGAAAGCCUGAAGAGAUUAUCCCAGAGAAGAAUGGGAAUGACAGCAAGAAGUCAAAAAGCGAAUAGAACUGCCAACAAGUAGAAUAGCUCCAGUCCUUUUCACAAGCCAGGACUUUUUCUCUGGAAACUUUUAAAGACAGUGGUCUCUGGAAUAGGAUGAGUUUUAGUUAAUGUCCCAAGGUACAAGAAUAAACGGAAAACAGAAAAACAUUUUCUUGGUGUGUAAUUGAUUUUGCUUAUCUGCCCCAUUGGAAAUGUGACUCCUAGUGUACUGUUUGUCACCACGCCCUUUAUGUAUAUACUUGUUAAUUGAAUAAAUGCAUUUUCUUUAAUUAUG